GCCCUGCCUCCGUGGGGUCGUGGCGCAGGGGGAGGGGCCGCCCCCGCCCCCGCGUGCGUGGCAGGCGCUCCCCGCUCCGCGCUCCCGGCCUCCCUUCCCGGGGGGUGGGGUCGGCGCCGCGGCGGCGAAGCCAGCCCCCUCCCCCUUCCUCCCUCGCCCGGCCUCCUUCCCCGCCGCCCGCCCGCCCGCUCGCUCUCUCUCGGCCGCUCCGACGCCAGCCGCGCCGCGUGCCGCUCGCCCAGCCCCGGGGGAACCCGAGGAAGUGUCCCGGGCCGCGCGUCUCCGCUCGCUCGCCUCGCAGCCCGCGGCCUCCGCCGCCGCGCCCGCCAUGCCCUCGGCCAAACAAAGGGGCUCCAAGGGCGGCCACGGAGCCGCGAGCCCCUCGGAGAAGGGCGCCCACCCGUCGGGCGGCGCGGAUGACGUGGCGAAGAAGCCGCCGGCGCCCCAGCAGCCGCCGCACCCGCCGCCCGCGCCGCACCCGCCGCAGCACCCGCCGCAGCAUCCGCAGAACCAGGCGCACGGCAAGGGCGGCCACCGCGGCGGCAAGUCCUCCUCCUCCUCCGCUGCCGCCGCCUCGUCCUCGGCGUCCUGCUCGCGCAGGCUCGGCCGGGUGCUCAACUUUCUCUUCUACCUCGCCUUGGUGGCGGCGGCCGCCUUCUCCGGGUGGUGUGUGCACCACGUCCUGGAGGAGGUCCAGCAGGUCCGGCGCAGCCACCAGGACUUCUCCCGGCAGCGGGAGGAGCUGGGGCAGGGCUUGCAGGGCGUCGAGCAGAAGGUGCAGUCUCUGCAAGCCACACUGGGGACUUUUGAGUCCGUCCUGAGAAGCUCCCAACAUAAACAGGAGCUCACGGAGAAAGUCGUGAAGCAAGGGGAGAGUGAGAUCAACCGCAUCAGCGAGGUUCUGCAGAAGCUCCAGAACGAGAUCCUCAAGGACCUGUCGGACGGGAUCCACGUGGUGAAGGACGCCCGGGAGCGGGACUUCACGUCCCUGGAGAACACGGUGGAGGAGCGGCUGACGGAGCUCACCAAGUCCAUCAACGACAACAUCGCCAUCUUCACCGAUGUCCAGAAGCGGAGCCAGAAGGAAAUAAACGACGUGAAGGCGAAGGUCGCCUCCCUGGAAGACCCCGAGGGCUACAGGCAGGACUUGAAAGCCUUGAAGGAAGCUGUGAAGGAAAUGCAAGCCUCCGUGAAGUCCAAGGAAAAGGACCUGGAGGCCCUGAGGAGCAUCCUGCAGGCCAUGGAGUCCGACGUCUACACCGAGGUCAAGGAGCUGGUGAGCCUCAAGCAGGAGCAGCAGAAGUUCAAGGAGGCGGCCGACUCGGAGCGCCUCACGUUGCAGGCCCUCACGGAGCGGGUGGCCCAGUCCGAGGAGUCGGCUGCUCGCCUCCCGGAGGAGAUCAGGAGACUGGAGGAGGAGCUGCGCCAGCUGAAGGCCCAGGCCCUCGGGCCGGAAGAAGACAGGGUUCUCAAAAACUCCGAUGCCCUGGAGGCGCUCCAGAGACAGAGCGAGGGCGUGGACUCUCGGCUGCACACGGUGGAGGACGGGGUCCGGGCCGUGCAGACCGCCUCCGCGAGGCACGGCGAGAGCCUGGAGGCCCUGCUGGCCAAGAGCGAGGAGUGCGAGCAGCGCCUGGCCGCCCUGCAGGAGCGCCUGGACGGCCUGGGCCCCUCGGCCGAGGAGGCGGACAAGGGUGGCCUGGCCAGCACCGUGAGGAGCCUGGGGGAGGCCCAGCUCGCGCUCUACGGCGACGUGGAGGAGCUGAAGAGAAGCCUGGGCGAGCUCCCUAGCACGGUGGACACGCUGCAGAAGGUUCAAGAGCAGGUCCACGCGCUGCUGGGCCAGGACCAAGCCCAGGCGGCCCGCUCGCCUCCUCAGGACCUCCUGGACAGACUUGCCUCCCUCGAUCACCUCAAAUCCUCCGUCAGCCAAGUGGAGUCGGACUUGAAGAUGCUCAGGACUGCCGUGGACAGUUUGGUGGCCUACUCAGUGAAAAUAGAAACCAACGAGAACAACCUGGAAUCCGCCAAGGGUUUGCUCGAUGACCUGAGAAGCGACCUGGAUAGGUUGUUUGUGCAAGUUGAAAAAAUUCAUGAAAAAGUCUAAGUGGAUUGUGUUUUCAGGGUGCGGAUUGAAAGUCCAAUUUCUCAUGACCAAAAAAAAAAAAAGAAAAAGAAAAAGAAAAAAAAGUGUUGUUUUUCUCCCGUGCGCCUCCCCCUCCCCCCCUCCACAUUCUUGUCCCCUCUUAAAGAGCAGAGGGCAACACUUGGAGCACUGCAGCGUUUUCUGUUCCUGAGCCCGGUUAAUUUAUUUACAAUGAUUACCACACACCACUGGUUUCUCAAGUGCUCUGCUUCUGCUUCCGGUGGGUUUCCUGGAGGCCCAGCCCCUGGGGAUCGGAGGUGCCUGUUCGCAGGGAUGUCUCUAGUGUCCGAGAAGAAGGGUAGUGGUUCAUCCAGGGAUUAACAGAAGCAGAUUAACCUCCAAAAGGCCUGGCUGGCUGGCAGAUGUCAAGUGCAAAAAAAAAAAAAAAAAAAAUGGGGGGAGGAGGCAUUAUUUUUCUUCCUAAUUGUCUUUAAGGGAAAAUUAAUUUUACUUUUUCUAUACUUCCGGCCGAAGUCUUCAGGGGGCGUCAUUCACGUUUUGUCUUCCACUUUAAACUGGUUAAAACAGCGUCAGUGCCAGCUCUGAGCAGGGAGGGGGCAGCCCCUCGGUGGCCAGUGGAGAGAAGCAGCUGCUUGACCGUGGUGGCCUCCCAUGGCGUGGGUGCCUCCUUCCUUUCCCGAAUCGUAUCUCACGAUCUCAAAGGUAACUAUGCAAAGAAUCCAGACGGUUCUGAAUGUGAAGGCACAACACCCCCCAGAGUCCCCUGUGGCUGACCCGUGUCACCUCUUGGUAGGGUCCCCGAAUGAGGCGUACGUUUAUAAUGUACGUUUAUAAAUCCCUGAAGGGUGGGGAGUCCUUGGAUUCUUCCAGGAAGUGUGUUUUGGGGGCUGUUCAUGGGGCUUUCCCCCUGGGGGACGGAGGCCACGUCUUUUUAUUUUGCCACGGCGCCCGUGCAGAGGCCCGCGGUCAGAGCGGGCCCCGGCUGUCGGCGAGGAGCGUGUGCGUGUUCUGUAGAUUGCUGUUUCCCUUCCCCUUCGAGCUGAAGUGUUCUUCAGUGGCUGUCUUGCCUUUCAAAAAAAGGAAAAAAAAGAAAAAAGAAAAAGAUUUAAAAAAAGGUUUGUUUAGUUUACUGUGAAAUGAACUGUAUGGCUUAUUUACAGUAUUUUUAAUUCUUAAUAAACACUUGAGCUUUGUUACAA